UUUAACUCCCCAGUCUCAGUUUGGUCGGUGUUUUGCUCCCAACGUCCAGCGGUUUACCUCUGCCUUGGCUCCGGGGGUUUGUUUCUGGAAGCGAAAAAGAAGGGAUGCGUCCAGGGUCCUUGAACGCCACAAACAAGUCCACCAGGGAUACAAAAACAGGACUCUCCUGUUGAUUCAUCUCCGCAACUCUCAGGGAUAUUUCCACACCUCUCUCUAUGGCAAAGUUCCUGGCUGAAUUACUGGGAUGCACACUUCCAGACAAGGGCACUCCACCUUUGAUCGAGUGUCGGAGCCAGCCCCCCCUCAGGCUCAGGACUUUCUCCAAACAGCGGCCAACAAUCUUUGGGAAUUUUACAAAUGAGAGCACACGGUUUGACAACAGACUGGACAACAUGCCUCAGACACCACCGUUCACGGGGCAGCUAAACACUAGCGGCUACAACAAAAACUUGUACCAGACUAAAGAGGAAGGCUAUUCCGGCCUCUAUUAUCAUGACAACAACCUAACGUCUGGUUCCCUGGAGGCCCUCAUUCACCACUUGGUCCCGACUUUAGACUAUUUUCCAGAUAGGACUUACAUCUUCACCUUCCUGCUCAGCUCACGUCUUUUUAUCCGCCCACACGAACUUAUGUCGAAGGUGUGUCACCUUUGCAUGGAGCAACAACGACUCAGCGACUCCCAAGCGGACAAGAUACGAGUCAGAAAGAUCGCUCCCAAGAUCCUCCAGCUGCUGACAGAGUGGACGGAAACGUUCCCGUACGACUUUAGAGAUGAGCGGAUGAUGAGGAGUUUGAAAGAGCUGACCCACCGGCUGGCCAGUGGAGACGAGGUUUACAGGAAGGCGGUCAGUCAGAUGAGCCAGGGUCUGAUCAGGAGGCUUACAGUGCUCAGCCAGUACGAGGAGGCGCUGGUGAAGAUCGACGCCACAGCUGCUGAGCGGCUGACGGCUGUUAAGGCGAAGCCCCAAGCAGCCAGCCAGAGAGACAUGCUGUCCAUCUGCAACGACCCAUUCACUGUGGCCCAACAGCUCACACACAUAGAACUGGAGAGACUGAGUUACAUCGGACCUGAAGAAUUUGUUCAGGCAUUUGUCCAGAAAGACCCUCUGGACAACGAUAAGAGCUGCUUCAGUGAUCACAAGAAGGCCAGCAACCUGGAAGCUUAUGUGGAAUGGUUCAACAGACUCAGUUAUCUGGUGGCUACAGAAAUCUGCAUGCCCGUGAAGAAGAAGCACCGAGCUCGGGUCAUGGAGUUUUUCAUUGACGUGGCGCGUGAAUGCUACAACAUCGGCAACUUUAACUCCCUCAUGGCUAUCAUAUCUGGGAUGAACAUGAGUCCUGUGUCUAGGCUAAAGAAGACGUGGAGUAAAGUCAAAACGGCCAAGUUUGACAUCUUAGAACACCAGAUGGACCCUUCAAGCAAUUUCUACAACUACAGAACAGCACUGAGAGGAGCCACGCAGAGGUCCAUCACCGCUAACAGCAGCAGAGAGAAGAUUGUCAUCCCUUUCUUCAGCCUUCUCAUAAAAGACCUCUACUUCCUCAACGAGGGAUGUGCCAACAGGCUACAGAGCGGACAGAUCAAUUUUGAGAAAUUCUGGGAACUCGCCAAACAAGUGAGUGAGUUCAUGGCCUGGAAGAAAGUGGAGUGUCCGUUUGAGAAGGAUCGCAAGAUCCUGCAGUACCUGCUGACUGCUCCAGUAUUCAAUGAAGAUGCAUUGUAUCUGGCAUCCUACGAGAGCGAAGGUCCUGAGAACCACAUGGAGAAGGACAGAUGGAAGACUCUGAGGUCCACUCUGCUAAGCAGGGUCUAAACUGGGAAAAAAAACACUAAGAUAAACAAUUGACAAGUGAGCCGUUGUCUAAACCAAGUAUCCCUAUGUUUUAAGGGAACCGACAAUCUCUACUUUGGCUGGCAAGGAUCUUUUGUGUUCCCCCCAGCUUCAUAUUUCUAUCAAGCUCCGCUUUUCCUUACCCUCUUAGUAUUUGUGCUGUAUUUUUCCGGACGGCUGUUUUUUCCUCUUUGUAUGACUUUGUAGUCUUUUAAAAAAAAAGAUAAAUGCUACAAAUCUUCCCAGUAAAUGCCAAAGGGUGCCAAGGUUUGAAGUCUGAAGCGUUUCGCCCUGAAAGACCUUCUCUGUGCGUCAAUGGAGUCGUUGGGGUUGUUUGUUCCCCGCGCCAGUUUUCAACCUGUUCUUUUCCACUGAAGCUACACAGUUAGCUGCUGGUUGGCUAACUCAACGGAAAAGCUACUCGCACUGGUUCCAUAAGCCAGCAUCCUUUGUACAAACUCAAAACUUACCCGCAACACUGUUUAUGAUUAAGCUAGCUAUUAUUUGUAGUUUUGUUUUUUCCUAUUGUACUUUACCUGAGUUUCUGAAGAACUUUGUGAAUUGUGAUGUGUACUAUUAAAUGCACUGGUUGCAUUUGAAAGUUUUUUGUUUGCGUUGUUCACAUUUUGUGAUUUCCUUAUGCAAGAAGCAACAAUUCCUAGUUGUUUAUCUUGAACACACUCAAGGCAUCAGUAAACUUAAACCAAAGUGUUUAUUGUAUGGGCAAACCUUCCAAUUACGGCCGGGCGAUAUGAAGAACAAUGUAAUAUUGCGACAAUUCUGACCAAAUACUACAGAUAAUUGAAGGUUUCACAAAUUUUGGAUUUUAUUGACAAAGGUGUUAAAUUAUAGAAAAAAUAUGAGUCUGGUGAAUUCGGAAAUGUUAUUACUCUAAUGUGGUACGGCCUUAAAGCCAUGAAAAUACAACACUUACGAUAUUAAGAUAUCCAAACUCAAAGACUAUAUCUUAGUAGAUAUCAUAAUCGAAAUGAAACAGAUAAAUUGUCCAGCCCUACUUGGCUUUUUAGUUUUUGUGUUGGACCCUUGGACAAAUACUUUUCUGGAAGUGGACUAAUGCCUUAAGUAGUGAGCUUAAAUGGAAAGUGGAUGAUAGUGUGUUUCCUGUUGUUCCUGAUAAUCAAACAGCCCCUCUGCUGCUGGGAAGAUUAGCUGGGCUGACCUCUACCAUUCUUACUUUCCCCUUUUGUUCCUGCUCUAAUGUAGAACAUGAGUGUGUGGUUGUGCUGCCGCCUGUUGGCUCAGUCCGAAAAGUGAAUGGAUUUGUGUGGUCGAAUAAUGUGAACUGAGGAUUUCUGUUUGAACCCUACACAUGCUAAAUAAUAUCUUUUUAUUUUUUAAUAUUGUUCAAAUGUAGACUUUUCUUCAUAUUUGUUUUUAUUUAUAAAUCUAUUUGUGUAGUCACACUAUGUCCUCAUGCCAAUAUUUACUAUUAUUGUUAUUUAAUUUUGCAUUGGCUACAAAACAUGCAGUAGUUCUCAGAUAUUGGUUGAACUAUUAUUUUUAUAUAAACGUUUGUAUGAGAUACGUAUUCUUCAAGGUACUGGCUCAGAGUAUGAUGUUAAAUGACGGAUAUCUGCAUUGCCUUGACUUCUACCCCCUCAGCACAGAAUGCUGUUGUGGUUUGUUGUGUACAUAACUGUGUUUGCUUUUUUUCCACCCUGCUUUCAUUCUUUUGUAUUUGGACUGUAAAAAAUGGAUUACAGGAUGCGUUUAUGAAUUAUUUAGUAGUGUUUAAAAGAAGAAAGUUAAUAAAAGAAUGUUUAAAAGUA